UUUGGCCAACAUUCUGCACAUUUUCUCAUCGAUUAAACAUUUUUUUUAUCUCAAUACAGUUUUCUGUUCCGAAAACUAGAAUCUGUUGUAAACAGAGUGGACUACGUUUUGUAGACUUUAACAUUUGCCAAAGUUGUAAAAAAAUGCAUUGUUUAGAAGGAACGCAAAGACGAAUUUAGUUAUUGCACACGCGCACUUCACCGAGUAGGGUUCCCUAACGUGAAUAUGCAGAUAUCUGCUAGAAUGGGCGAAUAGGAUCUCCUCUCAAUAUGACUCAUUUGUUCCCAUUGCAAAUGGCAUGCCCUGGUCUAUCUUGGUUUAGUUAUACACAUAUUUGCCCAUUGCCUUUUGGGAGCGUCCGACCUGGUUAUCAUGUGAUUUCACGAAAACUAGUGACGUUUGGAAAACACACGUGACCGAAAGAAACGAACAAAUUGCUAGUAUUCACAGCACGGUCAGACUGUUUGUGUUUACAUGUCUAUUUUCUCUUCUGCUUUUACCCACGGGGGAAAAUAUCACGUUCUUUGAAAGGGAUUCAUCAAGGAAGGCAUAUCUUCAGAACGUUGACCAACAAUGGACCAGUCCUCUCGAUAAUCUUUUUAAAGGGUUUUAGGAAUAAAAAAAGAUAUGAAAUAUUUCCUUCUAUCUAUUUAUUUGAUGUUGCAGUGUUUUUAUGCCCUGUGUACCCUCCCUGCUCCGGUCAAUGUUACCAUCGAUUCUCUCAACUUCCACCAUGUUCUCCGCUGGACCCCUGGGCCAGGCACACCACCCGGGACCAUGUACAAGAUCUUACACAGAGAAAACAACAUGACCCUACAGCUACAGCAUCAAACCAACAUGACAAAUCAGAAGCUGGAUCUGAAGUACCCCAAAGAAGAAUACAGAUUGUGUGUUCAGGCUUCCCACGAGCUCUUAGAGUCGCCCCUGACCGUGAUCACCUUCACCCCCUACACACAGACUGUUAUUGGUCCUCCGACACUGUCUUUGGAUGGAUGUGGCAAUUGUCUGGUAAUCAACAUCACACUGCCUGAGAUGGAAACCAUUCAAAAUGUCUACGGCAGUGUAUCCUUUCAGAUCGACUGGAAGAGCGCAGGAGAGACUCGGAUCAAAGAGACCCGUACAACUCAUUUAAGUUAUAUGCUGGAGAACUUGAAUGUGGACACAGAGUACUGUGUGAGGGUGCAUACGAUGAUCACCACCAACCAAAAAACACAGCUUUCUGAGUGGAAGUGUGCACACACCAGUAUUGUGAAGGCUAACAGAGUCCCUGCUGUUGUAGCUGGGGUGUCGGCUCUCCUCAUUGUGAGUGGGGCAGGCCUGAUGGUUCUCAUGUUUAUCUUGUUCUACACUGGGUUCUUGUGCAAGUUGAAGACCCAUCUGCCUAGAUCACUGACUGCCCUGGUUGAGGGCUACCUAGUCACCCCAGAGAGAACAGUUCCUGACCUGGUCUCCAUAUCCUCUGAGCCAGAGCAACAAGGGAAGGCCCUCACAACAAAAGCACACCACAACAGAGAGAACUCGAACCGAGCAGGGGAGGAAGAGGAGGAGGAUGAAGAGGAGGAGGGGGGAAACGGCGCGGUCUACAUGGACCGCGAUGCGGGGCUCUCCUUUGAUAGCAGCUCCAGCACCAUACAGUCCCAGGAAGCAUCAGGGGCUAAUGUUGCCCUUCUUAACGUAGCAGGGCAUUCUGGGGGGUUGAGUUUUGAGACAGCAGCUGAGGAGGAAGAGGAAGUUCCUGUGGGAGUGGUGGUGCUUGGAGGUCAGGGUCAGAGCGAGGUCAAAGGUGAACUAACGAAGGUCAUUUCCAGCCUAGACGGAGAUCAACCCAGACCUCUGGGACUUGUAGGGUUGGGUGGAGAGGAGGAGAAAGAGAUGAGGGAGGAGACCUCUGGUAACGUCAAUCUGUUCUCUGUGACUCUGGGGGCUUUAAAGAAGGAGGAGGAGGAGCAUGAGACAGAUGUUUUAUUAGGCUGUUCCAAACAGGAGCAGAAGCCUCUACUUCCCAUAGACUCCUUACAGAGGACAUUAGGACUGGACAGCAUGGGAUCACAGGGUGAGAUACAGGAGGAUACAGGCCUAGUACUGUCACGGGCAGACUGCACAUACAAAUACUUUGAAUAUUCAGAUAGACAUGCUGCCAGCUGUACAAAUACAUACUCUGACUGCCUGGUAACGCACACUGGCACUGUGCAGUCUCACAAUGAGACAGAGGAGGAGGAGGAGGAAGAAGAAGACUUCUCAGGCUAUAUGGGACAUUGAUGCGUGCGUGUGUAGCGUGGUUCGUUCUGCGGUGUGUACUUUUAAUUAGGACGCUGCCACAACUGAAGGUCUGCUAGUUGAAUUAUUUUUAUUUGCCCUGCACACGAAGAGACAACACACAUUAUGUUAACCCUUGGCACAGUCAUAGCUCUCAGGCACCUUGCUAGCCGAAGGUCAGGCAAAAGAGAACAAUAAGGGUGUAUGGAAAUACAGAUAACCCGCGAUGGGCCAAACCAAAAUAUACAAAACUUUUACAAUCACAUGUACAAUAUUGAUAUGAAAAAGUGUUUGUACACCAAAGAAAAACAUUAGCUAUGCAGCUGUAAUUAAAUUUAAAAAAUACACUGAAUUAUUAUUAUCAAAUGAUUAACAUCCCCUCAGUGACCUGGCCUAUUUGAAUUGGUCAUUGUGUGCAACUUGGUGCAUAAUCUAGGGGAACAACAUCACACUGCUACACAUGCAUGCCGUGUAGGCCUACAGUGUAAGUGUCUUAGCUGAUAAUUGCACAGAUAUUCCACUUGGUUGGAUAUGCCUUCUAUCACGUCCAUUCCUUCCCAAAUAUUGUCUUCUGUUGAGAAAGUGUGUAAAACAGAGGUAUUCACACUUUCCCGAUCCUCACCCUAAAAACUAAUGACAGCCUUAAAAUGUCUCUACGUGUUAUCAGGAUUCUGUUCAUUCAGAUACACUUGAUUUUUUAAAUGAUCUUUCUCAAAAACGUUUGUAUAUUGUCCCAUACUAUAGCAUGUACCAUUAAUUUGUUUUUGUUAUUUGGUGACAUUAAUGCAGUUCCUCCACCCCGACUUUGAAUACCACUGAUGUGUCCGUUUCAUUCAUUGUAAUGUACGUGCAAUUUUAUGAGAGAAGAAUUAGAGCUCAAUGAUCAAAUCGUGACCCGGUUUUUGUGUAGAAUGUGUGUUUUUUAGGCUAUUGUUUGUAAAAGUUAUUAUGUGGGAAAUUCCUUGAUGAGAGAAUAAUUAGAGCUCAAUGAUCAAAUCGUGACCCGGUUUUUGUGUAGAAUGUGUGUUUUUUAGGCUAUUGUUUGUAAAAGUUAUUAUGUGGGAAAUUCCUUGAUGAGAGAAUAAUUAGAGCUCAAUGAUCAAAUCGUGACCCGGUUUUUGUGUAGAAUGUGUGUGUUUUUUAGGCUAUUGUUUGUAAAAGUUAUUAUGUGGGAAAUUCCUUGAUACGUCGAGACUUGUGUGUCAUGUUAAAGUACACUGCUCUCUAAAAAAGAAAUGCUUCGUGUGAAACAAUGUUCCCCUGGAAAAGCCAAUCCGUUCUUAUAAAGAUCUAUGGUUGGUUGCUCAACAUUGUCGUCAUUUCCAGCAGCAGCGUUGUUAUGCCGCGUUCAAAACAACUGGGAACUCGGAAAAAUACGAGGUCGAUGAUCUUCAUGUGAGAAAAUCUGAUCUCUAGAAAGAGGCCCGAGUUCCCGAUUUGGAAUUCCGAGUUGGAUGACCGUUCGAAAUGAUUUUCCCAACCGUAACUCGUUUUUUUAACGCCUGUAAAUCGGAGAUUUCCGAGUUCCCAGUUGAUUUGAACGCGGCAAAACCCUUUUUGUAUUUCUACAAGCUGGCAAGGCAGCAGUUACGGAAAGCACCCCAAUUGUGGCAGAGGACUGGCUCUUCUUGUUUGACUUUCUGUUGCCAACCAGGCAGAAAUGUCAUCUCAUAACGGUAGCUAUGUUUUAUUGUAAUUGCAUUAUGCUUGGUGUUGUCAAAGGAUAUCCACCGUUUGGCCUAGGCUUUGUUAGCGAGAAGCUAACGGAAUCAUGGCAUUAGUGGAACCGACAGCUGUUGUUUUACUAGCGGUUAUCGUGUUUUGUUCUUACUAUCUCUCUGCACGUUUAUUUUGGUAAUGUUGAUGUAGCUAGUUGGCAGGGGUGUAAAAAAUACUUUAAGUACCACUUAACGUUACCCCCGUAAAACUACUUAUCUGCUUUACUAUUUUAUAUUUUUUUGACAACUUUUACUUCACUACAUUCCUAAAGAAAAUGAUGUACUUUUUUUACUCCAUACAUUUUAACCCUGACAACCCAAAAGUACAUGUUACAUUUUGAAUGCUUAGCCAGGACAGGAAAAUGGUCCAAUUCACGCACUUAAUCAAGAGAACAUCCCUGGUCCUCCUGCCUCUGAUCUGCGGACUCACUAAACAAAUGAUUCAGCUUGUAAAUUAUGUCUGGGUGUUGGAGUGUUCCCCUGACGAUCCGUAAAUAAAAAACCAUACAUUUA